AUGCACCCUGUAGUUAAGCGGCUGCUUUCUACCGUUCCCGUGCCCGAAUCCGACAUUCCUAAAAGCAAAAUCGACCCGGCGACCAUGUUGUUGGCGGUUGGUGAAAGAGCUCUGCUCUCGAAAGUCAUCCGCGGCCGUCCCUUUCAAGGAGGGACACCGAUAGUACGAAACGGGACCUCAAAACUUAAAACUUCAGCGGAGGGGGACAGGGAAGAAUCUAAACUCCUCCAAAUCUUCGUCAGCCCGGGACUGAACUUUGAAGUAGGAGACGCGGUCCACCCAUUAGAACCAGUGGACUCCGGUGUCUCAAACAGCACUUUGCAAACUCGAGGGACAGUUUGGAACGAGAUGACCAGCAGCGUUACAAAUCCGACACACAUAUCCUUCCGGAGGCUUUUGUCGUUCGGGACAAUUGUUGGUGAAGUGCAAUAUUUCCUGAUAGACUCGGAACCAUUAGAACGUGCCACACUAACAAAUUAUGAUUGGAGACGGCCGUUGUGGAUCCAGCAAAGAGCGAGGGAUAAAGGGUAG